AUGCCCAAAGCAAUUAUUGCUCCUAGUAUUUUGGCAGGAGAUUUUUCGCGUUUAGCAGAAGAAGGAAUCAGAAUGAUAAAAAAUGAUGCAGACUGGCUGCAUCUUGAUAUUAUGGACGGUCAUUUUGUUCCAAAUAUUACAAUUGGAGCACCUGUAGUUAAGUGUUUACGUAAAGCCAUUCCUAAACAUGAUGUUGUUUUUGAUUGUCAUAUGAUGGUAUCAAAACCAGAACAAUGGGUUUAUAAUUUUGCAGAGGCAGGCGGCGAUAUAUAUUGUUUUCAUUAUGAAGCAACAAAUAAUCCAUCAACACUCAUAGAUACUAUACAUAAAACAGGAAUGAAGGCAGGCAUUGCUAUUAAACCUCAAACACCAGUCUCUGUUUUAUUUCCUUUUGUAGAUCGUUUGGAUAUGGUAUUAAUAAUGACUGUAGAACCAGGUUUCGGUGGUCAACCAUUUAUACCAUCUUGUAUCUCUAAAAUACGUACUCUUCGGCAUCGAUAUCCUGACCUUAACCUUGAAGUUGAUGGUGGCCUUACUGAAACUACAAUUGCUCUUGCUGCAGAAGCUGGCGCUAAUAUUAUUGUUGCUGGUACUAGUAUUUUCCAAGCAUCUCAUCCUGGCACUACAAUUCAAACAUUUCGUCAGAUAGUUCAUACAUAUCAACCUUCCUCAUCACCAUCUUCACCAUCAUUGCCUCUUAACACAUCUUCUUCAUCAUCAUCUUGCACUUCCCCCUCACCUUUGCCUCUUCCUGCUCCCUAA